CCAAAGGCUGUUCGCUGCUCACUGAAGGACACCAGCAGCUGCUUCUAUGGACGUUGCCGGCCUCCAAAAUUAACUCACUUGCUCUUUAUUUGGCACUGUGUAGCUAUUUGACGUUUUAUGAUGGCCAAGUGACGCUGGGGUCACAGCAGCAGUGCAAAGCAGUGAACCAGUAGGCUAUUAGAUAUAUUUUUAUUUGCGACACUGUCUUUGCUUUUCUCUGCAGGGUUUGCUGGAGGUGCCUAAGAUGCUGCAGGAAACCUCUGUUUGGAAAGAUCCAGCGCUUCUGCUGCACGCACUUUAUGGCGGACAGGAGAUCGAGAUGAUGGUGAAUCAUCAGGUUGCAGUGCUCCUGAGACACAGCCUUCAAGACCCGCUUAGCGCUCCUCUUGUCUGCUGUUGUUGGUUAUUGCAACUUCCUGUUUGACGUUGCUCAGUUGUGAAAAACGAAAACAGGAAUCACUCCUGCAAUGCGAAAGGAAGGCAGCUCACCUCCUCCUUCUCCCUUCUCUGACACAAGCACAAACUGUGGUUCUAUGUCUUUGUGCGUCUCUCUGCAGUGGCAUGGCACCAGAGAGUUGUGUGAGUUCUUGGAGCUACAAGCAGGUAGCCCACUGGCUGCAGGAGGAAGGAUUCGCCGACUAUGUGGAUCUGCUCUGCAAUCACCACCGCCUGGACGGGCCCAGUCUUCUGGCUCUGACUGAGGCCGACCUACGCGGGCCUCCUCUGAGCCUCACUGUGCUGGGGGACAUCAAGAGGCUGGCCAUAUCACUCCGCCAGCUCCAAAAACAUAACCAAGCCCAGCUUGAAGAGCUGGGUCUCCAGCAGAGUGACAGUCUCCCACUGCGGCCUACCGCGGCUGCCGAGUGGCGAUGCGACAGAGGCGACUUCUCUGGGAAUGGCGUUGCGCUCCGACAGAGGAAUGGCGCCCGAGCCGAAUACGGCUCCGGAGCGACGCUGUGUCACACACACUCCAACGGAAGAUGUCGGCAGCACCAAGCCGGAAGGCUUGACCCGGAAGUGUGGAAGACCAUCUUGAGUGUCAUUUAUGUCGUUUUAGUGUUUGGCUUUACUUCCUUUGUUAUGGUCAUCGUACACGAGCGUGUACCAGACAUGAGGACGUAUCCCCCGCUUCCUGACAUUUUCUUGGACAGUGUUCCAAGAAUCCCUUGGGCUUUUGCAAUGGCUGAAACCUGUGGCCUCAUCUUGUGCUCCAUGCUAAUGUUUAUCCUGUUGCUUCAUAAACACAGGUCGGUUCUCAUUAGGCGGCUGUGUUCUCUCAUGGGUACUGUGUUUUUACUUCGCUGCUGCACCAUGUUCGUCACCUCGCUCUCCGUGCCUGGCCAUCACCUCAAGUGUGCCAGCAAGACGUACGAUGAUUCGAUGGAAAAGAUAAAGAGGGCGCUGACAAUCUGGGUCGGAUUCGGUAUGACUCUCACCGGCGUCCAAACGUGUGGAGACUACAUGUUCAGCGGACACACGGUCGUCAUUACCUUGCUCAACUUUUUUGUGACAGAAUACACUCCAAGAACAUGGAAUUUAAUUCACACCAUCUCCUGGGUGUUGAACCUCUUUGGGAUCUUCUUCAUCCUGGCAGCGCACGAACACUACUCCAUCGACGUCUUCAUCGCCUUCUACAUCACCACGCGUCUUUUCCUUUAUUACCACACGUUGGCCAACACUCGCGCCUAUCAGCAGAGCCGGAGGGCUCGGAUUUGGUUCCCCAUGUUCUCUUUCUUUGAGUGCAAUGUGAACGGACCCGUCCCCAACCAGUACGACUGGCCCUUCAGCAAACCUGCUUUUAUGAAGACGCAAAUUGGGUAGACGUUAAUGCUCGUCUUUGACUCCCCCCCCCCUUGUGUUCCAGCUCUAAUGUUUGUUUAGAAGGAGACGGAUGUUGUCGUACGCGUAUAGACUGCAAAUAAGAUGGGGUUUUUUUUUGCACAUGAUGUAAUGGUGCCUUAGGGUUUGCAUGUACUGAACACUUUACCACUGUGGUAUUCCGCUUUAUCCCAUUUAUCCAUUCAUGUGGGAAACGUUGUAUGGGGUUUCACACACUUAAGUCACGCUUUUUAAAAAUGCAGUUUAUGCAACCAAAGAAGCUUCUUCAGUCAGAGCUUUGUUUUCUUCAUUGACGCACUAAUUUAUUUUUGUAAUGUAUUGCGAUGGAUUUUGAGAGCGAAAGCUGUACCCUACCUACUCACGUCAGCAACUCGGGAGGAAAUAAAUGUUUACUUUGUCAGGAUUAAGAAAAACAACUUAUGCAAUUGUAAAUAUGCAUUUAAUGUGAUUGUUUGAAAUUAGUUUUUAUUUGCAAUGCAAGUGAUCAUCUGAAGGCCUUUUGGCUGAGCUAUCCAAUGUUUACAACAGCAGCGAAUUUUUAUAUUUUAUACUGACUGCUUUUUUAGUAAUUGCCGUUUUUGCUUUGUUAUAUAAAGUUGAUUUUAAAUAGUUUUUGGAUUAAUUAAAAAUGUAUACAAAUAAUUUUAUGUGUGAAAGAUUUCUAAAAAGCAUCUGCUGAUGAAAGUUU